GCAUCGUGGCGGAGACAGGAGGAAGGGGCACGGGGUGCGCGCGCGACGGGGCAGUCGCCUCUCCCUGUCGGAUCCUGCAGUAUCCAUGGCUACGUCGUCCGCGAGGAUUUCCCGCGAAAUACCGGAAGCGUGAUCGCACAGCGAGGCGACGACUGUCGCCCAGCUAUAGGGGCGGACAGAAAGAAAAAGAGGAAAAAAUAGAAAGAAAAGGAGAGAGAGAUAGAACAACGAGUAGCGGACGACGAAGCGGUGGCAAUAGCAGCGACAACAGCGACGUCAAUAAACGGCGAGGGUGCCGUCGAAAGCGGCACCCGGAUAGCGUCUCGGCAAUAUUUCGUCGGCGUCUUAUUCCCGCGAUCAUGCUAGAGACAAGGUGAUGACUUUCGCGACGCCUGCAAUGAUGUGACAAUAAAGAUACCUCCUCCUACUCUCUGCUAACUGGGGAUCCUCCCUAUUACACACAGUGCUUCCCAAUAACACACACGAUCCGAGGAUUACGCGCAAAAAAGCAACGCCAAACCGUCGGCCGUAGUCGGCGUCGUUGGAAAUCGGUGCCAAAAGUCGACACAGACAAGCCAUAAGAGCCAACCCCGCGAAAGUGUGUCAAAGAGGAAUUGAACGGAGAGUGGAACGGAGAGAUAUAAAAAGAGAAAAAUAGAGAAAAAGCGGGACAACAAGAAAGAGAUAUAUAGACAGGGAAUUAGACGGAUAUCCUGAAGAACGGGGUGAAAGAGGAAAGGAUACGUGAGGCCAGAAGCGUGUUAAGGCGUGUCGUGCCAGAAACACAAACGAGCAUCACGAGUACAGAGGGUGGUGUGGUGACGCAGAGUAGUAGUAGUGGAGGUGGUGGUGGUAGUGGUGGUGGUGGUGGUGGUGGUGGUGGCGACGGCGAAGCAAGGCAGGUGGCAGGAUCAAAGCCGGAAUAAGAACAGUUAGAAUGGGCAACAAGCUUUCCUGCAGUUGCGCACCCCUGAUUAGAUCAAAGACGUAUCGUUACGAGGACAGCCCAUGGCAGGCUGGUGCCAGGGGCGGAAUGGGCGGCGGCGGAGGACGCAGGGGUGAUACUGGCCACUUGCUCAGGCUGUGGGCCGAAGUGUUCCAUGUAAAUUCGAGCGGAGCUGGCACCGUCAAGUGGCAGCAGGUAUCCGAAGAUCUGGUCCCAGUAAACAUCACUUGCAUCCAGGAUUCACCGGAAUGCGUCUUCCAUAUUACCGCAUAUAACAGCCAGGUCGAUAAAAUCCUAGAUGUGCGGUUAGUCCAGCCAGGUACGCGCAUCGGCCAAGCAUCAGAGUGUUUCGUUUACUGGAAGGACACAGUGACAAAUGAUACAUGGGGGCUGAACUUUACGUCUCCCAUAGAUGCAAAGCAAUUCAGAGAAUGUUGCUCACCGUCGUUCAAGAUUUCAAGGAAAGCGUCCUCUUCUUACUCGUUGAAGCUCGAGCCACCGAACAAGCAGAAGAUCAAAACGCGCCGAAAGCCGCUGUCAACACCGGCCUCACCGAGUCGAUCCAGAGAACCUCAGUGCACCUGUAUGACACCGGAACAGUUUGCCAGGCUACGUAGCCAAGACCCCAGAUAUCGGAGCCCGUGCGGACCAUCCACGCUUCCACGGACCAUGGCGCGAUCUACGGAGAUGGAAAUGACGCCGGGACGAGACAAGAUAACAGCGGCCACAUCCAGUGCAUCUCUCUACGACAACGUCAACAAUCCUAGCGCGACACCCGGGAAAACACCAAAGACUGCUGAUUCGGCCAAACAGAAGGAUAAACAGAAUGAAACGUGUCAGACAACUCCAAAGACUGCCAACGUUGGAAUCGGAACUGUUACGGUGGGAUCACAGAUUGACAGUCCCGAUGAAAAAGGUUCUACGAUAUCGCCAAAGAAAUCACAAAAGCAAAGCCAGGAUUCGUCCACGCAACAAAACGGUACCGAAAUGCUCAAGUCAGAAGGCACUCAGGCCGGUGGUACUCUGCAGAGCAAGUUGCUACGCAAAGAACAGCUACAUCAUACCAAGUCAGCCGACUAUACCGAGUUAGAGAUGCAAAACGGUAACCUUUUCAACAUCGUCAAUAACAAUCAUGGUCAUAGGUCGAAGAGCAAGAGCACCGAUGACAUGCGGAUCGAAAACGCACAGAACGGCGGCAUCAGUUUGGAUCCGAACACUUUGAAGCGCAUGUUGAAGCCAAUGCCCAGCAUUGACAGUCCAGUGACGUCGCCGGAAAUGACGAGGAAACGUCAUAGUCAUCAUAGCUAUCACUACCAUCCAAGCAAUAACAAUCAGAAAUAUAUGAUGCAAGAGGUUGACAACGAGAAUUAUGCGCAUCCCUAUCGUGCGCCUUACAACAAUAAGUUUCAGGGAUCCAGAAGCGUCCACGAUAUGAGCCGGCAAUAUCCUGGCGGCAGAAGCAGGACGUACUUAGAUUCGGAACGUAAUCGGUGCACAGGUGACAUGUCGCCGCCUUCGGACAAUGUCAUCUUCGACAACCAAUGCUACGCUACCACGCCAAGUUCAUCGAACGGAAACUCUGACAUGGAGCAGCCGAAUCAUUGUAACUCCCGUCGUUGUAACGGCGGUCAGACAUAUCAGCAGCAGAAUAUGCAAUCGGUGUCGACUCCGGGCAGUCCAACUAGCCGGCUCCUUCUCGAGUAUGAGAUGCAUCUCAGGAAUACUCUGGCCAAGGGUAUGGACGCGGAAAGUUACAGCCUACGUACGUUUGAGGCUUUGCUCACGCAGAGCAUGGAAAACUUGGAAUUUGCAGAAAACAUACCGUUGAAUGUUCAGCGUACACCUCAUGUUUCACGAAGACGUUCCAAUUCCAAUAAAUCGUCCACUCUGCCACUAUCGUAUCGCUAUUGCAAUGAAAGACAAAAUAGCAAGGAUCGAGACGGCUAUUAUAGCGAUCGUAAUGAGAUGGUGAGAGAGAAGAGAGAGCGAGAUUCUGAUCGAGAUCGUGGCUAUCUCAGCGACUACAAUUCUAGAUGCGCCAGCUGCAUCGGGGAAUCCGCGCGUGCACAAUGGUUUCGGCAUUCUGACGGAUGGCAAUCCGGCAGCUCAACUCUCGGCUCUGGUGCUUCGAGUUCGAUAAAUCCAGGGUAUUCAGGAUACAAGAGAGAAUCACCCUGGGAUUCUCUUCCUUCUCUGAGACACGAGGGCAGCCUCAAUGACAGUGGUUAUAAAUCCAACCGAACUGAUUCUCUUGAACAAAGGGGUACUUUCGACAGACAGGACAGCGUCAGAUCCGAUUACAUGUCCGACCGGGAUGGCAGAUACGGAAUUGUUCAACAAGCCUCAUUGGAGAGCACCGACUCCAGGCUUUGCUACUUGACGUCUUCCGAGAUGUCAGACGACGAUAGGAUGUCACUCACUACUGCCGUCAGUGACGAUGACGACGGAGAGAGUGUCAUAAAUUCGCCCUAUCGUGGGAAGCAGACUGGCACAGCUGCGGCUUCUUUCAAUUGCACCGGUGCAGUUCGGAAAGCAGGAUUUCUCAGUGUAAAGAAAUGGCUACUGCGCAAAAAGCAUCAGAUCGAGCUAGCUAGGAAGAGAGGUUGGAAGGGUUAUUGGGUCUGCUUGAAGGGCACCACGCUUCUCUUUUACCCUUGCGAUUCCCAGGAGAGUAGGGCUAUGGAGGCAGCACCUAAACAUCUAAUUAUCGUUGAUGGUGCAAUUAUGCAACCAAUUCCCGAACAUCCGAAGAGAGAUUAUAUAUUUUGCCUCAGCACCGCGUUUGGGGAUGCCUAUCUAUUCCAGGCGCCGUGUCAAGUGGAGCUGGAAAAUUGGGUGAAUAGCAUUCAUUCGGCGUGUGCCGCCGCGUUCGCGCGUCAUCGUGGCAAGACCGGCACCCUACAUCUUUUGCAAGAGGAGAUCUUUCGUCUGGAGAAGGCGAUCGAGUCGGAUCACAAGAUGAAACACAUGGCGGAUCUCCAGCAAUCAGUGGUUUCCGACGUCGACACCAAGCAGCAAAUCAACAAUCAAAUAGUACAAUGGGAAGAGAAUCUGGAACGGCUCCAUUGCGAGCAAUUCCGUUUACGGUGCUAUAUGGCUAGUUUGCAGAGUGGCGAACUGCCUAAUCCGAAAAGUCUACUGACGCACGUAUCUCGCGCUACGAAGCAGACGUUGAACAAGCUAGGCGUCUUUACGGUAUCGUCCUUCCACGCGUUUAUCUGCGCGCGUAGUCCAUCCUUGCUGAAUAAUCUAUUAGCGGGUCGCGGAGCGACAAAAAGAAGACCGCCGCUGUUGUCGAGGUCGAACAGUGGCUCCAGCAGACGCUCGCUACAGAUCUCGUCCAGGGACGAGGAGAAGAGUGUCAAGGUGUCCGUGCCGGAAAAUCAGCUCGUGUCGGUGUUUCUGCGGGACGCUAUGACUGUGGAGGAAUUUUUGGCAAGCGCGUGUACCAGGAAGAAUCUUAAUCCGAUGGAGCACUUUGUGCGCGUGAAGAAGCGCCGAGAUAUGGAGGACCACAAUUAUUUUGUGCCACAUAGGACUGAUUUGAUAGAAACCUAUUUGCAUACGCACGAAAUUGUGGAAGUCUGUGCCAAGAUUUUAUAUCAAGUGGAAUUGCAAAGAAAUACUUUGGAGCAAAUGUGGGGCUUCUCCGUCGAGGCCGAGCUCAUAGAAAAUUCCGACAGACAGGAUGAGCUCUGUUGCUACGUUAGUAGAGUGGAAGACAAGAGCGUCGCCAUGCAAAAUGGAAUCAUUAAGGGUGAUGAGAUUAUGGUAAUCAACGGCGCCAUCGUGAGCGACCUGGAUAUGAUGUACUUGGAAAGCGUUCUACAAGAGGAGGUGGGUCUCUGCAUGAUGAUGCGAUCCUCCAGGACGGAGCCACCGGAUCUCACGGGUAUUAUGCGAGUCACCGACGAUAUAAUUGAGAGUCUAGUCUGCCCGCCGCCACCUACCGAUCCACCAGUCAUCAGCGAGGAAAUGAUUUCCGGUCUCAUUGUACCGGCACCCGGAUGGAGUAAAGAGAACAUUAUGCAGGAUUGCUCUGCCGCUCAUAUGGAGAACAGCAAACAGACUUCGCGCACCAAUUCCUUCGAGAUCGAAAAUCUUUUGAAGACUGCUGAACAAGUGACAGGAAUCUGUCGUUCGCCAGGAGAGACUAGAAAAUCGAGUCCCACCGGAAGCGUCGUCAGUUCCCACUCGCAAGCUCUCACACCGAGUCGGCAACUUAGCGAUGCUGAGAAGCUGAAGAAAGUGAUUUUAGAACUGAUUGAGACUGAACGAACUUACGUAAAGAAUUUAAAUAAUUUGCUGGAGAACUAUCUGGAACCCCUUAAACGCGAAACUUUCCUAUCGAACGCGGAGAUCAACGCGUUGUUUGGUAAUAUUCAGGAAAUCGUCACAUUUCAACGACAGUUCCUGCAGAAUCUCGAUCACGCCAUCGAGAUGGAGGCCGAUUUCAAUAGCUUUGACCAUCCGAGUCAAUUUAAGGGAGUCCUGUUUUCCAUUGGAAGUGCCUUCUUAUAUUACGUAAAUCACUUCAAGCUUUACAGCUCGUUUUGCGCUAGUCAUUCGAAGGCUCAGAAAGUUUUACAUCCAAACGAGGGAAAUCAAGCUUUACAAGAGUUCUUGCAAGCAAGAAAUCCUCGGCAGCAACACUCAUCGACCUUAGAAUCAUACUUGAUAAAACCUAUACAAAGAAUACUCAAGUAUCCGCUGCUGUUGCAGCAGCUUAGGAAUCUCACUGAUGAACGAAGCGAAGAACACCAACACUUGAUCGAGGCGCUCAAAGGUAUGGAAAAGGUGGCGGAGCACAUAAACGAGAUGCAAAGAAUUCACGAAGAGUACGGAGCUAUUUUCGAUCAUUUAUUCAGACAACACCAAAAAUCCUGCAAACAGCCGAUCGAUUUAAGUCCAGGCGAUCUUUUGUACUAUGGCGGUGUCGAGUGGCUCAAUAUUUCCGAUUUUCUCGGUAAAAUAAAGAAGGGUCUCGAGUUACACGCAAUGUGUUUCGUAUUUAAAUCGGCCGUCGUGUUCCUGUGUAAAGAAAGAUUGAGACAGAAGAAGAAACUUAUGGGAGUUUCGACCAAGGCUAACUCUAGCGAGGUAGAAAUCAUUCGUUAUCAGGUGCUGAUUCCAGUUACAGAAGUCCAGGUCAGAGCUAGCUCUGCCAAGGAUAUGGAGUCUCACUUCUUAUGGGAACUGAUUCAUCUAAGAAGUCAAUUACAAAGAAGAUCGGAGAAAGUAUACGUGCUCUCCAACAGUACAACGGAAUUCCGAAACGCGUUUUUGAAGACAAUCCGACAGAUCAUCCGAGAGUCCGUGAGGAAUAUGAGCAUACCCUCGACGAAACAGAAUAUGAGUCAUGCUCCAAUGUCGAUGGCGCCGCGUAUGUCGACCGGUCAUGUGGAAAAAUUUGACAAGCAGCAGAUUGGUCAAACUCAAAACGGAAAUGGCAGCAUCACGGGCACGCUCUCGAAGAAAGCGAUGAAGCAACAAUUACUGGCGAAUUCGCAUAAGCGCAAAUACAGUCAUUCCAAACAGCCGGUAGAACACGAGAGUUCGGAAGAUAAGGAUCAGGAGGAUGCGCCAGUCGUCCAGCAGCAAACCACGUUCCGCUCUAGGAGCAAAACUAUAAGUGACACUUCCAGCGAGAUAAAAGUCGAAAUGGAUUCGGGCACGAAGUCGGAAGGUGAAGAAGACUCGCAGGCUUUUUUAGGCGAGAAGAAGACAAAUCUCGGCCGGACACCUAAUCAUCUGACGCUGAGCACCACGUCGACUAUCUCGGCGGGAAGUACUGGCAGCCAAGCUAGAUUGAUCCAGUCUUCUCAUCAGCCCGAGAAUUAUCAGCCCAUUACCGUCAAGGAACUUGGUUCGCCGAUCUGGAAACCACGGGAGCUACCUUCCCUAGGGGAGGCCACCACAUUGCCGCGCAAGGGUAAGUCGGCCGGCGAGUUCGCGGACAUGAGCUCGAGCCAUAGCGCCUCCCGAAAAUCUCUGAUAGAAAUCAACAAUUGUGCUCAACAACCUAACUUUAAUAAUCAUGUUUAAGUUGAAUAAUAUCGAGGCUGACUCGCUAACGAGGUAAUAUCGUUAUAAGUUCCACCACAUCAUCAUUAAACACAACCAACAUCCAACCACUACUACCACUACCAUUAUCAAGCGUAAUACACAGAGAUAAUUGUCCGAUUAUUACGAUUGUCACGAUGUCGAUACGUGAAAGAUACGCGUCUGCCGUUCACGUGGAAUUUAUGAAAAAGAUUGCACUUUCUUCCUCCGCUCUCUUCCUCAUUUCGUCUUCCAGUAGGAAUCCGUAUGUACUUGCUUGCGUGUAUGUGAAUGUGUGUUUGUAUAAGACACAGCGAGAUGUUCAACCAGGCUUCUAUUUCUGAGGGAAAUUUAUAUAGAAUAGAGCUUGAAAAUAUUUUUUUGCUUUUGUAAACUAUAUCAUUACAUUUUUGUACAGAA